AGCAGUUAAACAGGGAGGUGAAACGGCUGUGAUCAUGCCUUUCCUGGCUGUCACCUUCAAUUCUGAAUAUGUGGUCCGUUUCAGUUAGCGUGGAAGCAUACACAUUGAUCACUUGCAUGUGACAAUUCAACCCAGCUGCAGCUCACCAUGAACACAAAAUCAUGUGUGUUUGUGCUCCAACUCUCCAGGAUGGGGUUCAGACUUUGUGCAUCCAAAGCCCCACACCGCAAUGCUGGUGCCUUGAGUUUAACAGCAGUGACUUCCACUCGUCUUCCACAUAUUUCCCCCCUCUCACCAGUACACUGCAGACACUACUGCAGCAGCAGCAGCAUCAAGGUGCGCAGCUAUCUUCAGUACAUAAAACACAAAAUCAUCCCCCCUCCCAGUCCUCCGUACAGUCAUGUAUGCCAAGUUGGGGACCCAGUGCUGCGAUCACAUGCGGCUGAUGUUGAUCCAGCAACUAUAACAAGCCCUGAGAUCCAAAAGGUCAUCAGCACUGUAGUGAAAGUGAUGCGGAAACUAGAGUGUGUGGGACUUAGUGCGCCUCAGAUUGGCGUGCCACUCCGCAUUCUGGCCCUGGAAUAUCCCGAAAAGAUGUUGGAAGAAAGUCCGCCUUCAUGGAAGGAGGCCCGGGGUCUUUCCGCCCAGCCCCUGAGGAUCUUUGUCAACCCCCAGCUGAGGGUCCUCGAUGGACGGACUGUGUUCUUCCAGGAGGCCUGUGAGAGCAUCUCAGGCUUCUCUGCCACUGUUCCUCGCUACCUGUCUGUGGAAGUGUCUGGUCUGAAUGAGAAGGGUGAAGCGGUCACGUGGCAGGCCAGCGGCUGGCCAGCUCGUAUCCUCCAGCACGAGAUGGACCACCUUGAAGGGGUCCUCUACAUCGACCGCAUGGACAGUAAGACCUUCAUCAACAUCAACUGGCCGUCAUACAAUGAAUAGAAGACAAACAUCAGUACAAAAACCUGUAUAGAAACUGAUGGCACGCAGUGAUUUUGAUUGCUGGUUUUGGUUGGAAUAAGAGAUCAAUACUGGGAUAAUUGUGAACCGUCAACUGCAAAUCCAUCACAGGAAGUAUUUUUGUGGUGCUAAAACUCAAAAGCAAUGCUCUUGUAGUGCAAGACAAGAGAGCCAUGUUCUGUGGACCUUAGGUCUGUGUUUGAUGAAUAAAGAGGACAAUAUGUUCAUGAUAAAAUGAAUGAAUUAUCAAUGUCUGCCACCACCUGAAUGAAUAAACACAACUGUGAUACUAGCAAAUGAUA